UAACAACUUUGCACCGUGGAACAGUUUUUGUGCUGUAUUUAUUAAAUAGGAGAGAUUUGGGGGUUAAUCUCAGUACCCCUCUAUGCGCACCACAUAGGCUACAAAGUUGAGGUUUCUACAUCCUACACAGUGCACUAAAUGUGCAUUUGGGACGCAUUCCUGAAGUGAGAGAGGACAUUGUCCAGACAUACAGAGACAUCUCUCGUUUUUCACAGCAAACUUUUUUAAUGAGCGCGCAAAACUCAGACGCGUAAUCUGUUGCGCAGAGGAGCGCGCAGAGGACAGAAACAGCAAGGAACUGGGCAGAUCUGGGUCACGGGAGGAAAAAAUAGAGCAACCGGGGGACAAACAACUCACUUAAUGCACCAAGAGAGUGAGUAGGACCAUCCUGACCUCUGCAGUUGUGUUUUGAGGAGCAUUAAGAGCGAGAGUCACAAUGUCACGAUCAGAUGAGGUGAACAAAAUGACAGAGAACAUCUACAAGGGGAUCCUGGAUCAAUUUAAUCCCAGUUUGAAGAACUUUGUUACCAUGGGCAAGCACUAUGAGAAAGCACUGACUGGUGUGACAGUCGCUGCUAAAGGCUACUUUGAUGCUCUGGUUAAACUGGGAGAACUGGCCAGUGACAGCCAGAGCUCUAAGGAACUGGGUGAUACACUGUUCCAAAUGGCUGAAGUGCACCGACAGAUCCAAGUACAGUUAGAAGACGUGCUGAAGCUCUUUCACUCUGAACUUCUCUCUCAACUAGAACAGAAACUCGAUCUGGACAUUAAAUUUCUCACAGCGACGCUGAAGAAAUAUCAGACUGAGUGCCGGUCAAAGGUCGAGUCAAUUGAGCACUGCCAGUCACAGCUCAAGAAACUACGCCGGAAAAGUCAUGGCAGCCGGCAUCCGAAUAAAUAUGGGGACCGAGAGAUGCAGUUUGUGGAGUUGAUGAGUCGGAGACAGACGGAGUUGGAUUCUCUGGUUGCAGUCGGUUAUCGCUCUGCUCUGACGGAGGAGAGGAGGAGGUACUGCUUCCUGGUGGAUCGACAGUGCUCUGUCACCAAACUACUGAUAAACUACCACUGCAAGGUGCGUGAACUCCUGUCCCAGAAGUUGUCAUCAUGGCAACAGUCAUGUUCCCAGCCAACCAAGUUACCUGAGCGAGCGUUAAAUCUGCUGCGCCACACGUCACCUCAGGGCGCCGGGGCUUCUGGGAUAGCAGAGGUCCUCAGACAUGCCAAACUAGGCUCAGCUCAAUCUGGAGAACAGAGGCUGUCCAUUCAAGAAGUCCCGCCCCUUCUGAACGGCGAGUUCAGCAGUCGUUCUCACCAGGAACGUCCUGGCUCGGCCGCUCAAAACACCAGCACCUCUGCUACCUCCGCCCACUCCCAGGAUGCCUCUGUGCAGCCAGCAGGGAGCGUUUCGAACCUUCAUUCUUCACCCACCGGUUCUGCCUUUCUCUCACUCAGCCCUGCCUCCCAGAAUUCCUUGCAUGGUCUGACUCCGCCCCCUAAUGCCCCUCACACUCCACCACUUCCCCAUAGUGCACCUCUUUCACGUGCCCUUACACCGGUACCACCCUCUGCCUUCUCUCCCCCGGCCCAUAAUCCUUCGCUGCUCAGGGCUACUGAGAUCUAUGCCAACUCUACGCUGCCGUUACCACGGAAACAACCAAAUGAAACUCGAACAGGUUUUAUGGCAGGUUUGACUCUGCCCCGUGUGCUCCCCCUCUCUCCUCCAUCCCGUGUGGAGGCCUUGUUUUCCCACUCCCCCAGUUCCAGUGAUGGACUGGCUAAAGGAGAAAGAGCUGGAUCAUGUCUGCUGUCCUUCCUUCCUGGAGACAUUGUCAGUCUACUCAUCAGUGAUGCCAGAGACGGCUGGCAUUACGGGCAGAACGAGAGAACUGGACGGAAAGGCUGGUUUCCCUUUUCCUACACACAACCGUUCCCAAACACACUGGAAAAACAAGAAUCCUUCAGUCCUCCCCUCCUCUCAAAGCUGAACAGUACGAGUAUGGGGAGGUUGGACAGGCUGCCCCCUGCUGGUGAGUUUCAGAAGCUCAGUCCUGAUUCGGAGAACGAGCGCGCUGUGAGCACGUUUAGACCCCGACCAUACAGCAUGAUGAACCCCGAUAUCAGAUGCGUCAGUUUGGGAACUGCUGAUCAGCGGAAUAAAGACCAGAUUCCUGAUCGAUCCUCCACCCCGCCAUCACCCAGCAGGAUCAACCCGUUUGCUCAUAUCCGACUGAGGAAGACGGUGACUGAUGAUCGCUCUGCUCCUCUCAUCGAGUAGAGACCACAGUUAUUAUUAACAAAUACAAAUCUGUGCCAACUGAUCCACCUCUAUAGGUUAUAUAUAAAAAAAAUAAUAAUAGUGACUUAAAAAUAUAUAUAUAAUAAUAAAUGUCCAUAAAUAUGAAGGCAACAUUUUUUGUUUAAGCAGUAGAAUUUAAACGUAUUUAAUGAAGAACUUUUAUUGUAUUUUCUAGUCUGAGCCAUAAUUUAGUUGUUAUAUAUGUAGGCAUUUUCAGUCUCUUUUGUUUAUUAUAUACAUACACUAUAUGGACAAAAGUACUGGGACACUCCCACUUUGUUUUUAAAUCAUGUGUUUUAGUUAUAACAGUAAGUGUAAUAGAUAAAUUCUAUCAAAAAAAUUAAAUGCCUUCAACUUCGUAACAGUUUAGGAAAUGCCCAUUCCUGUUCUAGCAUGACUGUGCCCCUGUGUACCAAGCAAAGGCUUUAAGGAAAUGAAGUUUGAAUAAACUCCAGUGUCCUGCACAGAGCCCUGACCUCAGCCUCAUUAAACAACUUUGGAAUGAACUGGAACAUCAACUGAGGCUUUCUUGACCAACAUCAGUAUCCAGCCAUACAAAUGCUCUUGUGACACUUCUGAGAUACCCUCUUAGAAAAGUGGCUGUUGUUAUAGCUAAAAAGAUCUCAUAAAGGUCACUCUAUUCUAAUAGCAUUGUUUUUUAAAUGGGAUGUCCAACAAGUUAAUGGUCAGUUGUCCGAAUACUUUUGGCGAUAUAGUGUAUUUAAGAUGUGAAACUCAUACUGUAUAAAUUAUUUGUUAUAUAUACAGCAUGAAGGAGUGAAUUGAAAAUGAGAGUAUAUUAUUAACUGAAGGACCCAGAAAGUGAAAACAAAGAGCGUUGAUUUGUUUUGUUUGUUUUAUUGAAGAUGAGAAAUGAAAAUGUUGAUGUUGAAGGAUAAUGAAAGUAUCAUGAUGAUCAUGAAAUGACUUUGAAACUUAUUUUGAAAGCUGGUGGUGCAACAGUCUAUAAUUUGUCAGUCCACCACAGCUAAGGCUUGAACUCCACCCCCAUAUGUGUAUGUAAUAUACACUUUAUGUCCAAAUGCACUGUACAUUGAUACCUUACCAGUCAUCAAGUUCAGGUGUUUCAGGAACACCCAAUAACCUACUUUGCAGCAACAGUUUGGGGAGGGCCAACAUGUACACCUGGGCACAAAGUGAGCUCAAUAAAAACAUUGUUUGACAUCUUCUUCAAACUCCUGUGGCCUGAACAGAGCCCUGACCUCAGCAUUAUCAAACAUCUUUGAGAUGAAUUAGAAGGCUGACUGUAAGUCAGGCUGCAUCUCUGCUGACCUCAGUGCUUUUCUCGACUAAAUGGUCACAAAUUUCCACAAACGUUACCAAAAUCUAGUGGAAGCUGUUACAGCCAUAAAGGUCAGGCAACUGGAACAGGAUGUCCAACUAACUUGUGUUCGGGUGCCCACAUUCUUUUGGCCCUACAGUGUAUAAAGAUUGAACAAAGAUUAACAGUGAUUCAGAAAGUGUUUGAAAGUGAUCAUUUGUUACAGGAAGUAUUGAUGUGAAUAGAUGUUUUAAUUGGAUGCUGUAUGUGUAUGAGAGUGUGUGUAUAACUACAGCACCUUGCAUAAAUAUUCACCCCCAUGAAACGUUCCCUUGUUUCAGUACCUACUCUAAAACCACAUUUAGCUUCAAACCUCUGGAUUUCUGGUGCUUGGUUUCCAUAAUGAUGUUUGGGGUGGGUGUGUGUGUGAAUACUUAUUCAAGGGACUGUGAUUGGCUGUUAGGUAAUCAGCCAUUUAGCAAAAGAGUGUUUAUCUUUUAGUUUCAUCUUGUUAAAAUAUACAUUAAAAAUGACUGUAUUAAAAGUUGGGGUUAUGAAUGGAAGAAUUUGGAUUUAUAAUCUGAUAUUUAUAUAAUGAUCAGAUUAAUGGUGAUUGAUUAUGUGAUCAUGUAUCUGAUUUGGCAGGUCCAACACUCAUUCAUAAUUAUUGAACUUAUAACUUAUCUUCCAUAUUCCAGAUAUUUGAAAGACGUUUUGUUAUUUAUGAAAAGUAAUGAGACUAUAUUUUGAAAACCACUGGACAAAUUCCAUAUGUUGUUGAUCUUUCAUAUUUAGGUUAUUUUUUUUCCAACUGUAGUGCAGAAUUAGUUUUAUUUGCUUUAUUUACUGUACUGGAUAAAAGAUAAUUUUUUAUUUAAUAAUUCAGUUUUAAUAAUUAAAGUUCAGUUCUUUUCAUCAGAAAAUUAUUGACAGGGUGCUCGAGUGGCUCAGUAAUGUAACCCACUAGCCACCACAAAUCUCAGCUGUGCUGUCGACCAGCUGGGCUGUGCGUGUGUGAUUCCAACGGGAGGGAAUUGGAGACUAAAAAAAUCAAACAUACAGUAAACUUUUGAAUAAGUCUGGAAGUGAAAACAUGAAGUAUAAAAUUCCUGCUGUAAUGUCAUGUCGUUUCACAACAUCUUGCUGAACGUUGCUGGUAUUCCAGGCACUGGUUUUGAGAUUUGUGAUUUAUAAAGACGUGCUAAAAAUCAGCACAUUAUCAUGAUGUUUUAAACAACCAAUGCUGUAAAACUUCAUUAUUCUUUUAAAUUAUAUAUUAUUGUAUAAAAAAGGAAAUUAAUUACAACAGAGUAUUAAAAAUGUUACACUGAAUGCCACCCAGGUAAACGUUCUUUCUGUACUAACAUGAAUGUUGCUGUAUGUGUGAAAUUUUUGUUUUGUUUUAAAGUAUUAAUAAGAAACUGUGAUUAUUAUUCUGAUCUUUUUCAGUAUUAUGAAUUAUAGAAUGUAAUGUGUAUCAAUAUGUGAUGGCUACUGGAUAUAAACUCUAAUACUAAACAUUUAUUUGAAGUGUUAAAUAUGUGUAAAGGAUAUUUUACAUAUUUUAAUAUGUAUGAU